AUGACCCCAGGAACCUUCUCCACCACCUCAGGGACUACCACGACCACGCCAGAGGCCACCACAACCACCUCAGUGUCCACCACAACUUCAGAGACCUCCACAACCACAUCAGGGACCACCACGACCACCUUUAGCACCUCCACGACCACCUCAGAGACCACCCCAACCUUCUCAGCGACCACCACCACCAUGCCAGGGACCACAUCGACCAUCUCAGGGACCUCCACGACCUCAGUGUCCACCACAACCACUCCAGAGACCCCCACCACCAUGCCAGGGACCACCUCGACCAUCUCAGGGACCUCCACGACCAUCCCAGAGACCACCACGACCACCCCAGGGACCUCGACAACCUCAGAGACUACGUCUGUCACCAUCACGACCACAUCAGAGACCACCCCAACCUCCUCAGCGACCACCACGACCCCAGGAACCUUCCCCACCACCUCAGGGACUACCACGCCCACCCCAGAGACCUCCACGACCCUUCCAGAGACAACCACGACCACCCCAGAGGCCACCACAACCUCCUCAGGGUCCACCACGACCUCAGGGUCCACCACAACCACUCCAGAGACCCCCACCACCAUCGCAGAGACCACCACCACCACCUCAGGGACCUCGACCACCUUGGGCACCUCCACGACCUCCUCAGGGACCACCACCACCAUCCGAGGGACCACCACGACCACCUCAGUGUCCACCAUGACCUCAGGGACCACCACGACCUCAGGGACACCCACGACCGUCCCAGAGACCACCACAACCACCUCAGGGACCUCAACCACCUUGGGCACCUCCACGACCUCCUCAGGGACCACCCCAACCUCCUCAGGGACCACCACCACCAUCCCAGGGACCACCACGACCACCUCAGUGUCCACCAUGACCUCAGGGACCACCACAAGCACCCCAGAGACCAUUACGACCACCUCAGGGACCACCACGACCACAUCUAGCACCUCCACCACCACCUCAGAAACCACCUCAACCUCCUCUGGGACCACCACCACCAUGCCAGGGACCACCUCGACCAUCUCAGGGACCUCGACAACCUCAGAGACCACGUCUGUCACCUCCACGACCACAUCAGGGACCACCACGACCACAUCAAAGACCACCCCAACCUCCUCAGCGACCACCACGACCCCAGGAACCUUCUCCACCACCUCAGGGCCUGCCACGCCCACCCCAGAACCCUCCCCGACCCUUCCAGAGACAACCACGACCACCCCAGAGGCCACCACGACCUCCUCAGGGUUCACCACAACUGUCCUGGAGACCGCCACAACCCCCUCAGGGACCUCCAUGACCACCUCAGGGACUCCCACAAGCACCCCAGAGGCCACCACGACCUCCUCAGGGUUCACCACAACUGUCCUGGAGACCGCCACAACCCCCUCAGGGACCUCCAUGACCACCUCAGGGACUCCCACAAGCACCCCAGAGGCCACCACGACCUCCUCAGGGUUCACCACAACUGUCCUGGAGACCACCACAACCUCAGGGACCUCCAUGACCACCUCAGGGACUCCCACAAGCACUCCAGAGGCCACCACGACCUCAGGGACACCCACGACCGUCCCAGAUACCACCACGACCACCUCAGGGGCCACCUCAGAGGCCACCACGACCACCUCAGGGACCUCAACCACCUCGGGCACCUCCACGACCACCUCAGUGACCAUCACGACCACAUCAGAGACCAGCCCAACUUCCUCAGGGACCACCACCACCUUCCCAGGGACCUCCACGACCACCCCAGAGGCCACUCCAACCACCUCAGAGUCCACCACGACCCCAUCUAGCACCUCCACCACCACCUCAGAGACCACCCCAACCUCCUCUGGGACCACCACCACCAUGCCAGGGACCACCUUGACCAUCUCAGGGACCUCCGCUACCAUCACAGAGACCACCACGAUCACCCCAGGGACCAUCCCAACCACCUCAGAGAUCUCCACAACCACCUCAGUGACCAUCAUGACCACAUCAGAGACCACCCCAACCUCCUCAGGGACCACCCCCCCCAUCCCAGGGCCCUCCACAACCGCAGGGCCCUCCAUGACCACCUCAGGACCUUCUACGACCACAUCAGGGAUCUCCACAACCACCCCAGGGACCACCACGACCUCAGGGAGCACCACAACCACCCCAGAGUCCACCCCAACCACCUCAGGGACCUCCACAAGCACCUCAGGGGCCACCUCAGAAUCCACCACCACCACCUCAGUGACCUCCACAACCUCAGGAACCUCCACGACCACCUCAUGGACCACCAUGACCACCUCAGGCACACCCACGACCAACCCAGAGGCCAUCACGACCUCAGAGACCACCAUGACCACCUCAGGGACCACCCCGACCCCCCCAGAGUCCACUCCAGCUACGGCCUCAGGAACCUCCACGACCACCUCAUGGACCGCCAUGACCACCUCAGGACCUUCUACGACCACAUCAGUGAUCUCCACAACCACCCCAGAGAUGACACCAACCACCUCAGCGACCUCCACGACCUCAGGGACCACCCCGACCACCCCAGAGUCCACUCCAGCUACGACCUCAGGAACCUCCACGACCACCACAUGGACCACCAUGACCACCUCAGGGACCUCCACAACCACCCCAGAGUCCACUCCAACCACCUCGGGGACCACCACAACCACCCCAGUGUCCACUCCAACCACCUCGGGGACCACCACGACCACAGCAGAGACCACACCAACCUCCUCAGGGACCACCACCACCAUCCCAGGGACCUCCACAACCACCUCAGGGACCUCCACAACCACCCCAGAGAUGACACCGACCACCUCAGCAACCUCCACAACCACCUCAUGGACCACCAUGACCACCUCAUGGACCCCCACGACCACCCCAGUGUCCACUCCAACCACCUCGGGGACCACCACAACCACAGCAGAGACCACACCAACCUCCUCAGGGACCACCUCAGGGCCCUCCACGACCACCUCAGGGACCACCAUGACCACCUCAGACACACCCACGACCACCCCAGAGGCCAUCACGACCUCAGUGACCACCACCACUAUCCCAGGGACCUUCACAACCUCAGGGCCCUCCACGACCACCUCAGGACCUUCUAUGACCACAUCAGGGAUCUCCACAACCACCCCAGAGAGGACACCAACCACCUCAGUGACCGCCACGACCUCAGGGGCCACCACGACCGCCCCUAAGACCACCCCAAGUCCCUCAGAAUCCACCAUGACCACCUCAGGAACUUCCACGACCACCACAGGGACCACCAUGACCACCCCAGAGUCCACUCCAGCCACGACCUCAGGAACCACCACAACCUCAGGGACCACCACGACCACCCCAGAGUCCACCACAACCACCUCAGUGACCUCCACGACCACAUCAGAGACCACCCCAACCUCCUCUGGGACCACCACCACCAUCCCAGGGACCACCAUGAGCACUCCAGAGUCCACCUCAACCACCUCAGUGACCUCCACAAGCACCUCAGGGACCACCUCAGAGUCCACUACCACCUCUGUGACCUCCACAACCUCAGGAACCUCCACGACCACCUCAGGGACACUCACGACCAUCCCAGAGGCCAUCACGACCUCAGAGACCACCACGACCAUCCCAGGAACCACCACGAGCACAUCAGAGAUCACUCCAACCACGUCAGUGACCUUCACGACCACAUCAGAGACCACACCACCCUCCUCAGGGACCACCACCACCAUCCCAGGGACCUCCACAACCUCAGGGCCCUCCAUGACCACCUCAGGACCUUCUACGACAACAUCAGUCAUCUCCACAACCACCCCAGAGAUGACACCAACGACCUCAGUGACCACCACGACAUCAGGGACCACCACGACCGCCCCUAAGACCACCCCAACCACCUCAGUGACCUCCACAAGCACCUCAGGGGCCACCCCAACCUACUCAGGGACCACCACCACUAUCCCAUGGACCUCCACAACCACCACAGGGACCACCUCAGAGUCCACCACCACCACCUCAGUGACCUCCACAACCUCAGGAACGUCCACCACCACAUCAGGGACCUCCACAACCAGCCCAGAGAUGACACCAACCACCUCAGCAACCUCCACGAUCACCACAUGGACCACCAUAACAACCCCAGAGUCCACUCCAACCAUCUCAGAGUCCACCACCACCACCUCAGUGACCUCCGCAACCUCAGGAACGUCCACGACCACCUCAUGGACCACCAUGACCACCUCAGGGACACCCACGACCACCCCAGAGGUCAUCACAACCUCAGGGACCACCACCACCAUUCCAGGGACCACCAAGACCACCCCAGAGUCCACUCCAACCACCUCAGAGACCUCCACGACCUUAGGAACCACCAUGACCGCCCCUAAGACCACCCCAACCACCUCAGAAUCCACCAUGACCACCUCAGGUACUUCCACGACCACCUCAGGGGCCACCACGACCACCCCAGAGACCUCCACGACGUCAGGGACCACCACGAGCAUCCCAGUGGCCACUCCAACCACCUCAGAGUCCACCACCACCACCUCAGUGACCUCCACAACCUCUGGAACCUCCACAACCUCAGAGACCUCCACAACCACCCCAGAGAUGACACCAACCACUUCAGCAACCUCCACGACCACCUCAGGGACCGCCACGACCACCCCAAUGUCCACUACAACCACCUCAGGGACCACCACCACCAUCCCAGUGGCCACUCCAACCACCUCAGAGACCUCCACGACCUUAGGAACCACCAUGACCGCCCCUAAGACCACCCCAACCACCUCAGAAUCCACCAUGACCACCUCAGGUACUUCCACGACCACCUCAGGGACCACCACGACGUCAGGGACCACCACAAGCAUCCCAGUGGCCAGUCCAACCACCUCAGAGUCCACCAUGACCCCCUCAGGACCCCCGCCAGAGGUCACCACAACCACCCCAUGGACCUCCACAACCACGUCAGGGGCCACCACCACCACAUCCGAGACCACCCCAACCUACUCCGGGACCACCCCAACCACCUCAAGUGCCACCACGACCGGCUUAGGGACCUCCACAACCACCCCAGAGACCACCACGACCACCUCAGGGACCACCUCAGAGACCUCCACGACCUCUGGGACCACCACGACCACCCCUAAGACCAUCCCCACCACCUCAGGGACCUCCAUGACCACCUCUGAGUCCUCCACGACCACCUCAGGUGCCACCACGACCACCUCAGGUGCCACCACAAACACUCCAGAGACCUCCACGACCAGCUCAGGGAUGUCCUCAACUGCAUCAGAGACCACCACUGUCACUCCAACCACAUCAGAGACCAUCCCAACCACCUCAUGGACCACCAUGACCACCUCAGAGACCUCCAUGAGCACCCCAGAGGUCACCACAACCACCCCAUGGACCUCCACAACCACGUCAGGGGCCACCACCACCACAUCCGAGACCACCCCAACCUACUCCGGGACCACCCCAACCACCUCAAGUGCCACCACGACCGGCUUAGGGACCUCCACAACCACCCCAGAGACCACCACGACCACCUCAGGGACCACCUCAGAGACCUCCACGACCUCUGGGACCACCACGACCACCCCUAAGACCAUCCCCACCACCUCAGGGACCUCCAUGACCACCUCUGAGUCCUCCACGACCACCUCAGGUGCCACCACGACCACCUCAGGUGCCACCACAAACACUCCAGAGACCUCCACGACCAGCUCAGGGAUGUCCUCAACUGCAUCAGAGACCACCACUGCCAUCCCAGGGACCACCCCAACCACAUCAGGGACCACCACGACCAGCUCAGAGACCACCACAACCACCUCAGGGACCACCUCAGAGACCUCCAUGACCACAUCAGGGGCCACCACGACCUCAGGCACCACCACCCCUAAGACCUCCCCAGCCAUCUCAGAGACCACCACCAACACCCCAGGGACCCCCACGACCACCCCAAAGACCACCACGAUCACCUCAGGGACUUCCGCAACCACCUCAGGUGCCACCAUGACCUCCUCUGGUAUCACCACGACCACCUCAGGGACCACCACAACCAUCUCAGGGACCACCACGACCACCCCUAAGACAACCACAACCACCUCUGGGACCACCACGACCACCCCUAAGACCACCACAACUACCUCAGGGACCUCCAAGACCACACCAGUGACCACCACACCCACCCCAGUGACCACCACGACCACCUCAGGGACUUUGCCAACCACCUCAUGGACUACCAUGACCACACCAGAGACCACCACCAGCACCCAGGUGACCCCCACCACACCCACCACCACCAAAGUGACCACCACCACCACCCAGGUGAUGCCAACCACCACAACCCCCUCGGCCACCUCCACGACCUCCCAGAUGACCUCCACAGCAACGUCCACCACUCAAGGGACCACCACGACCACCUUGGUGACCCCUACCACCACCCCCCUUUGGACCACCACUGCUCCUCCUUCAGGGCUGUGUGAGAACGGGGGGACCCCCGGUGGCAGCGGCUGUCUCUGCACCCCGUCCUACGCCGGUCCACGCUGCGAGUUCUCCACCGACACCGUGGAGACCAACCUGCCAUUCCCUGGCACCAUCAUGGCCGCCGUGGGCAUGGAGGUGACCGUCACCAACUUCAACUACUCCCGGGACCUGGAGGACCCCAACUCUGAGACCUUCCGCUCCUUCCAGAGCUUCUUCCGGCAGGAGAUCAAGAAGAUCUAUGGGACCAUCCCUGGCUACGAGGGCGUGGAGAUCACCAGCCUCAAGUCCGGCAGCAUCGUGGUGGGACACCAGGUGUUCUUCACCAUGGCCCAGAGCGGCAACACCACGGAGAAGUUCCAGGAGACCACGGAGGGGUUGGUGGAGAACCUGCGGGUGGCGGUGGCCAGCCAGGGCGAGUGCCAGCACAACACCUCCGUGCUGUGCCUGGUGCUGAGACCCAACCCCGUGGUCAGCAACAUGACGGAGGUGUUGGAUCUGGAUGGUGAGACUGGCAUGGAGACCCCCCUGACCGGCUGCCUGGACGAGGAGCUGUUCUGGUACACGGGGCCGCAGUGCUCGGGCCGGGUCAGCAAGGUGGACACCGGGCUGGGAGUGGCCGUGGCCCUGCUCUUCCUCAUCUGCCUCAUCCUCAUCGUGGUGCUGCUCUGCCGCCGGCACCGGCGCUACCGGAGGUACCGGCACGGGGCUGAGGACCCCGAGGCCGAGGGUCGUCCCUGA